AUGAAGAAAUGUGAGUUGUGCAACUCUAUUGCAAGAAUAUACUGUGAUUCAGACCAAGCCAGCCUGUGUUGGGACUGCGAUGCCAAGGUUCACACAGCCAACUUCUUAGUCGCCAAGCACUUAAGAACUCUUCUCUGCCAUGCUUGCCAAUCUCCCACUCCAUGGACCAGUUCUGGCCCCAAGCUUGGACCUACUGUCUCAGUCUGUGAGGCAUGUGCCAAUGCAAGUAGUAGUCAUAUCAGUGAUGGUGAUCAUGACCUUGAAGAUGAUAUAGAAGAGUACGAGGACAAUGAGAAUGAAGAUGAUGAUAGUGAUCAGAUUAGUGAUGAAGAUGAUGGAGACAAUCAAGUUGUUCCUCUAUCUUCCACACCUUUGGCUCCACCUUUGCUCUCAAGUUCUUCUAGCAGAUUUGUUAUGUUGCUUUUCUACUCCGUUUACUUCCUCAAGAAAAUUGACCAUACAAGGCUGAUGAGCAUUGAUCAGCUCAUGCACAUGGCAAUAAUGCUGAAGCAGAAUUCAAGCAAGCCUUUCAUUGUACAGCAAUGCUUGAUUGCAUGUGACCAUGAUUCGCACUUGAGAAUCAGCCUCUCGAAAUUGGAGGAAUGACUCUCUACCGUUUAUGUGCACUGAAUAUGAUCUUUUUUUUCUUUGGACUAAUAACCCUCCUUCCUGAUGUUGAUAGUCCUAUUACUUAGUUCAUUUGACUUUAAUUUUGGAGUCUCUGAUUGAAAACUUAUCGUAGCUUCUUAUCAACUCUCACUGUAAUUUUGAUGUGUCAGAAACUUACAACAAAAUACAAGUAUACAACCUAGGAUUACAUCAACUUGGGAGGGCUCAUGUGGACAGGUGAUAGAGAUGGACAAAUGCUUUUAUCAUAAUUAUAAUAUAAACAUAACAGAAUCCAAAGAAAAAUUAAAUG